AUGACUGGAAGAGGGAGAAGUGAUGGUGGUGGUGGUGAUCGCGGUGGUGGCGGCGGAGGAAGGGGGGCUGGUCGCGGUGCGCCGGGUGGUGGCGGCGGUGGUUUCACACCUCGCGAAUUUCGCCCCGGCGACUGGAAAUGUGGCGAGUGUGGAAAAGAUGGAAAUUUCGCCAACAAUCCGAAUUGUUAUCGAUGCCAGGCUCCCAAACCUGGUGGAGGCGGUGGCGGAGGAGGUAGCGCUCCGUCCAGUGGUGGUCGCGGUGGAUAUGUCGAUCGCGGUGGUGGCCGUGGUGGAGGCGGAGAUCGUGGCGGAUUUCGCGGUGGUCGUGGUGGUGGCGGCCGUGUCACUCAUGGGCCACCCACCUUUAGUAAAUCUCCCCUCCCAACCUACACAUUGAAAGACCUGCCACGUAUAGACGCCACUUUCGGCGGCCCUGGUUGGGCGGACUACCCUUUCGCUAAAAAAGAGGACGUCCUCCUGCAAACCUACCGCGGUCCGGAGCCUUCCCUCGCGUCCGAAAUUAUCCCCGUCUCCGUAAACCACUUUCCCCUCAAGGGUUUCAAACUCCCCAAGAAAAUUUACCACUACGAAGUCGCCAUGGAACGUGUUCGACGUGAAGCGGGUGGAGGUGACGACAAAAAAGCUCCUCCAAAACAAGAAAAACCCCCCACUCGAGGUGCGGGUCGUGGCGGAAAACGUGGUGGCGGUGGACGAGGUGCUCCCCCACCUCCGAGGGACGACCCAGCUGCUCCCGGUGGCGCGGCUUUGCCUCCACGUCGCCUCCCCAAACCUAUCCCCCAAUUAAUCCUCACCGUCCUGCUGGAACGCAUCAGAGAAGAGACGCAUCACUACGGGAUCGUCUCCGACCUCUCGAACAAUAUCUAUUCGACCGAACCCCUGGAAAACUUAGGCGUUCCGUGGGUGCACCCUAUCUCGAUGAAGGAUGUGGAUCAAACCAUCCUGCAAGAAGAGGACGAUGGCGAAGUCACCGUUACGAUUAGCCCGACCGGGCAGCAGAUUGAUACUUAUGCGAUGCAAGCGCAGUAUAAUCAGAUCGGGACAUGGAAGGGAUUUGAGAUGGAUCCUUCAGUAAAAUCGACCCUGGAACAGGUUUACAACGCCAUCGUGAAGAGUCUCCCGACCUACAGGUUCCUUCCCUUGGGGCGAUCGAAUUUGGCCCGCUGGCCGGACGGACCUCAAGGCACGAGCGAGCUGGGUGGUGGGGUCGUUUGCUGGAGGGGGAUUAGUGCCAAUAUUGGGAUGGGGUGGCACCCGUAUCUUUGUGCCGAUCUCGCUCACUGCGCUUUUCUGACUGAUACACGCGUCAUGGAUGCGCUAAAUGAGAAGUUUGGAGAUCCAAAUCGUUGGCAAGGGUGGCAAUUCCAGGAGGCGAAAUCAUUUUUGAGAAAUGUCAAGGUGAAGUACACCGUGAAAGGGAGGACGCUUGCCGGUAAGGUGACUGACCUCCUGCCAAAGUCUGUGUCGCAAGAGACCUUCCGCUGGGAGGAGAGAAAUCGUGACAUCACGGUUUAUGACUACUUUACCUCACACCAUGGCAUUCGACUCGACAAACAUGGGCUUUGUUUAGAGUUGCGGAACCGAUGCAAAGUUCCUGCAGAGUUAUGCGUCAUCAAAAAGGGGCAGUCUUUCAGCCGCAAGUUGGAAGACUUACAGACGAGGAACAUGCUCACCGUGGCGAAAAAAGAUCCUGCCGUGUUAAAGGCUGAAAUUGAGCGAGAGAUGAGAGACAUGCCGUCCCAAAAUAACAAUGUCAUGCAAGCCUGGGGCGUCAAUAUUGGUACAGAGAUGCUCCGCCUGGAUAAAACCAGAGUCCUGGGGGCGCCACAGUUACGAUACGGGGCAGGAACUGGGCCCAAUUCCGGCAAGGGGGAUGCCAUCGUUACACCCCAAAAAGGACAGUGGGAUCCUUGGAACGCGGAUUUUGCAUUCCUCGACCCUAAAAGUGUGAAAACCUGGGCUAUCGUAAAAGUCGGCGGUGAAGGCGACAGAUCCGCACCGGACGAUCACGCAAUCAUGGAAUUUGCUAAAAAACUGCAAAAUCACGGUGUCCGUAAACGCCUCUCGUUCCAAACUAGACCGAUCCGGGAAGACGUAGACAUGGCGCAUCUGCGCCCGAAUGGGAACAACAAUGUCCACGAGCUCAUCGGCCUGUUUGACUUCUUGGCCAAGAAAAAUUGCGACCUCGUCGUCUGCAUCAUUCCAAAGAAGAAUUCGCCCCUGUACUCGCACAUCAAGCAGGCGGCCGAGCUGCAGGCGGGGGUGGGGCUCUUGACGCAGUGUGUCGUGGCUCAAAAUGUGACGAAAUGUCAGGACGCGACCGUGCAGAAUAUCCUGCUCAAGAUCAACAGUAAACUAGGUGGGACAAAUUAUGCCAUGUUGACCCCACCGGAUUCCAAAGUUUUGAGUCAGAUUGACAUCAUGCGGUGUCCCAUGUUGACCAUUGGGGCGGAUGUGACCCAUCCACCGCCAGGGUCGAUGAAAAAGAUUCAAGUCGGCAAAGGGAAAACGGAAGACGUCGCCAUUCCCAGCUUCGCCGCGGUCACGGGAUCAAUUGAUAUGACAGGCAUGCCAUUUAUGAUGGAUAUCCGCGCUCAGCGCAAAGCUGACCGCGGCGCGGCGGAAGUUGUCCAAGACUUGGACACCAUCAUGUUGAGCAUGCUAAAAAUGUUUGAAAACAAGACGAGAGGAAUUCGCCCUAGGAAAAUUAUCUACUUCCGGGAUGGCGUUGGAGAAGGACAGUUUCCAGAAGUUUUACAUACCGAAAUGCUGGCCAUGAGGAAGGCAUGUAACCAACUGAGAGAUUACGAUGAGGGUCCCUACCAGCCAAAAAUCACUUUCGUCACGGUCCAAAAGCGACACAAGACCCGCUUCUUCUACCAUUCGCCGCAAGGUGUGUCUAAUCCACCCCCUGGAACUGUAGUCGACAAAGAAAUCGUCCACCAUACGGAGACGGACUUUUACCUCUGUUCUCACGCUGGGAUGAUGGGUACCAGCCGACCCACGCGGUACCACGUGCUGUGGGACGACUCAAACUUCACUGCAGACCAGAUCCAAACCCUCACUUAUUAAAAAAAAGGUCGUCUUUAUUGAUUCCCAAUUUUAGCCAUUACAUUUGAAUUACAAGUGAACCAAACCUCACAUAAGUGAGAAAUAGAUGGUCACAGGUUCCUAACUAUGGUGCCCGUAGUGCAAUGGACACCGCACAGACCUGUGCAACAAGUCAGAGAGGAAAACCACAAGGGAAAAAACUCUCUGCCAGUACUGGGAAUUGAA